UUGAAGGAACAAGAAUGGAGAAAUGUGUUUGAAUCCUCUCAAUCUGUGAUUCGCACAUUGAAGGCGCAGAAGGCACGGCUGUGACUAAAACAGAACUGGUGUCGAACCAAGAAGCGUUGAGCAACUUUUGAAGAGUAGUACUUCCAUGGUUCCGACACGGCAGCUGUUCUUGUAAGGCACAAGAUUGCUGCUUCCUCAAGUAGUAGUGUGAAUGUCCUUGCAUGGUUGUCCGUCAUUUGAUAAACUCUGGAGUCAAGCAAUGGCCCGAAGGAAUUGAAGGAACAAGAUCGGAGAAAUGCGUUUGAAUCCUCUCAAUCUGAGAUUCGCACAUUGAAGGCGCAGAAGGCACGGCUGUGACUGAAACAGAGCCAAGAAAGUUGAUGAACUGUUUGAGUCGCGCAUUUUCCGGAAGGAAUCGAAGGAACAAGAAUGGAGGAUGGAGCGUGAAUCCCUACAAUCUCAGAUUGACGAUCUGACGCAGAAAGCAUGGCCAUGACUGAAACAGAACUGGUGUCAAUCCAUGAAGUGUUCCUUUACCAGGUUGACAUCAUUUAAUUAGGGAACAACAUAAGCCCAAGAAAAGUCUAAAUUCUCAGAAGGUAUCUAAAAUAUGCCACAAAACACAUGAUAUUGCUCUUUUAAACAGUUUUGUGAUACGUGCUGGACUGUGCGAGCACAGAGAAAGAGGCGCUCAAGAACAGAAAUGAGCAGCUGGCAGAAUUCAUCACGACCUUAAAUCUUAGAAUCGCAUCCUUGAAGCAGGCAGCGAUGUCAGAGAAGAGCAAGGAUGCAGAAAUCGAGCGGUUGAAGAGCGCAGCAGCGACGUCAGAGAAGAACAAGGAUGCAGAAAUCAAGCGUUUGAAGAUCGCAGCAGCGAUGUCAGAUGCAGAAAUCAAAGGAUUGAAAGCGAAAUUGGAGUCAGAGAAACAGAACUGCUGGUGGAAGAUGUCAUCGCAGCAGAACUCCCGGAGCGCAGAGAUUGAGCAGAUGAUGAAUGAAAUGUGUUCCAUGGUGAGGCGCUUGCAUCUUCCACCGCAAGUAGAUGGAGAAACCUGGCAGUAUCAGACAAACAGUGGUGAGUGGGCUGAAUUUCAAGACAAAGCCAACAAAGAGCUCAUGCUCAAGUUUCAGGAAGGCCAACAGACGUGUGAGAUGACGAUAGACGGUAUAGCAUACGACUAUGAUUUUCAGGUCAUGAACCAGACGAACAAGCGCACCAAAAAAGCGCGCAGUAUCCGGUUCUGUUCGAACCUUCCGCACCACUGGGGCAUCACUGAUGCGGAUUCCUUGAAGAUGUUGCUGCCAGUGAAUCAAGGGAAUGGUCAGGAUGGAUCCGACGAUCGCAUUUGUUUUGUAACAGAUCCUGCCGUCAUGUCAACUUUGGAAGAUUUGCUCAAUGGGUCCAAGCGACGUCAUGAUGGGACGGGUUGUGAUUGCCUUCACGGAAGAUCGACCUUUCGGCUGGUGGAGGCUUACCAGGUCAAGAAUCGGGAAUUAUGGCGCCGGUAUCAGCGCCAUGUGCGAAGCAUUCUUGACAAACAUAAGCAGCACGGAAUCAAACCCAGGGUCAUUGAUCCACCAGUUGGCGAGGCCUUGACUCGGUUUGCCACAGACAUUCAGGUCGACCUUGUUGGCAAUGAGCUUUUGUUGUUCCAUGGCACGAGAGAAUUUGACCUCGCAAAAACGAUUGCCAAAGAAGGUUUCGACAAUCGAAUUGCCAGGUCAGGCGGGCUCUAUGGGUCGGGCACAUACUUUGCUGCGCAAACAUGCAAAAGUGCCCAGUAUGCCACUAACAAAGGCAUGCAAGAGAAAGCAUCGACCCAAUUGAUGGGGACUAUGCUUGUUGCUCGUGUUGCUAUCGGAGACCCACACUAUGCAUCAGGGCCGUGUAAAAACUUGACGCGCCCACCUACGAAGAAUGUUAGCGCAUCCGCAUCCAACAGUGCCCACGAAAUUCGGUACGAUUCCAUCAUCGCAAAGCCCGGCAUUCCCAAUGGCCAAAGCAACGGAGUACAGGCUCAUAUGGAGUUUGUGACAUUUGCACCGGAGCAAGCUUAUCCGGAGUAUAUUCUUAGAUUUAUCGAGGAGUAGGUGGUCGCUGGCAGCAAGUCCACGCCCGAACUGCGGUUUGGUGGGAAAAGUGGCACUGGCAAGCCCAGAACUGUCAAGAGCUUAGGUUUGCCGGCGGUGUGAGUGUGACUAUUCCUUCCGCC